GCGGCGCGGUGUUGUGACAUCACGACAGGCGGGACUUCCGGUUCUGGUGACGCCUUACCGAGACGGCUGCGAACUACCCGGCCCACCUGAGCAGCGGACAGAAAUGGACUCAGAAGUUGAGGAUCAAAUCUCUGUGCGAGAGGAAUCCUUUGUCUGUGGUGGAGUUGAAACCCAGGUUGUAAAGUGUGGGCCCUGGUCUAACCUCUUCGAUGAACAAGGUAUCAGCAAGCCAAAACUACUUAUCUUCAUUAUUCCAGGUAACCCGGGUUUUUCCCCCUUUUAUGUACCAUUUAUAAAGGCCCUGUACUCUAGGAUGGACAGCCGCUUCCCAAUAUGGGCAAUCUCUCACGCUGGGUUUUACAUGAGUCCCAAAGACAAGAAGACUCUUACGGCACCAGACGAUUCAAGUGCUCAAGAAAUUGAGGACAUCUAUGGUCUGAAUGGUCAAAUAGAGCACAAAAUAGCUUUCCUGAGAGCUCAUGUGCCAAAGGACAUAAAGCUCAUACUCAUUGGCCAUUCCAUAGGUAGCUAUAUUGCUCUUCACAUCAUGAAGCGUGCCCCCGAGCUGCCUAUCAUCCACAGUUUUCUGCUGUUUCCGACUAUCGAGCGCAUGUCCGAGUCGCCCCGCGGCAGGAUCGCCACUCCGCUUUUGUGCUGGUUUCGGUACAUGCUCUAUGCUACCAGUUACUUACUAUUUAAGCCGUGUCCUGAGAUAAUAAGAUCCUUCCUAACCCAGAAAGCCCUUGAAAGAGUACGCUUUAAGGGUGACAUUCCUUUGAAGAACCUUUUUCAGCCGUUCUGCAUCGCUAAUGCUGUCUAUCUCGGGAGCCAAGAAAUGGUCCAAGUGGUGAAGAGAGAUGAUGAGAUCAUAAAGGAACAUUUACCUAAGCUGACGUUUUACUAUGGUAAGACAGAUGGCUGAUGUCCAGUAAAGUUCUAUGAAGACAUGAAGAAAGAUUUUCCAGAAGGCAAUAUUCAACUCUGUGAGAAAGGAAUCGCACAUGCUUUUGUUCUUGGUUUUAACCAGGAGAUGGCUGGCAUAGUUGCAGACUGGAUAAACAAUGAACUUCCCAAAAUAUAAAUACUGACCCAGGACAAAAGCACCUGCAGCCAACACGUGGAUGCUGUAGGUGUGCUCUGCCUUGGGGUAAUGUUUACUGUUAAUGCUCGAACCACCAACUCCCUGUGCUAAGACUAAAGUGAACCCAAGAGAUGACCCAUUCCACGUGUUCCCUGACUCAGGGAACCAUGUAAUCUCCACAAAGAUUCCUGUUUUUGCUAGAAGCCCAACAGCACUGUACAGUGCAGUUUGACCAACUAGAUCCCGACAAGUGAAGAAAAAAACCUAAAUAUAGGUGAUUCUGAUUGAGUUAUUGCUUUAUAAGUUAGAUUCUCCUGGAUGAGAUUAUGAAACACUUACUGAAAAUGAAAACCUACCCAUGAAUGUGAAGUAUACAGUUGGGGAUGUGAAAUGUGUAAGACUGGGACAAGCACACCUUCCCCUUCCAGCUGCAGGGAGGAAUGAGCAGAGGGUGCUGGCAGCGCACUUGGGUUCCCUUCGGGUACUGGGGAAAGUCAGGUCAGACUCUGUACAGGUCUCGGUGGAAAUCAUCAGCCUGUGAUCCACCUGUAGGCAACCAGAGACUCAAGUUUGCCUGACAGUCAUCCACUAACUAGACAGAGCUACUGAAGGAUCCUGAUCCAUCUUGCCACAGGGUAGCCAGCAGCCUGAGCCCUGAAAUGCCCAAUCCCAGCAGGAUCCUGUAGAGCAAGGAGAGAGGGAAUGGACUGUCCACAUCAGCUUUGUAUGGGCAUGGAGUUGCUCCCCGACGUAAUUCCUCCAGAGAAGCUCCAUGAACAGGAAACAGUGAGCCACUGCAGCCAUUCAUGAUGCCAUUAGCUACCUUAUGACUCUUCCCUCCUAAAAAUCUCCAAGAGCAUAAUUUUUGGAAAGAUGUGUUAAAUUGUUGAGUAAAACAUUAACAUAAAUUCAUUCCCCAUUUGCCUAAACUUUGUUGAUUGGAAAGAAAUUAUUUUGUAAAUGAACAGAAGUAAGCUAUUAAAUUUGUAUUACUUCACCUCUGAAAGCACCGAAGUCUAGUAGAAAAACAUAUUCCUGGCUGAGGAGGAAAGGAACAGCUCUGCUGCCUUCCCUUAAUUGUUUCAAUCCUAAGAUCUCAGAGGCCAAUAAACCCCACUGUGUUUAAUGACAGUUGAUGAACAAUUGGAAGCAUUCCCUUUUCUUCUGGAGAAAACCCUCAUGGCAGUAUCACUCCUCAGAGGCAGUGAGAUGGCCAUUCCUCUCAAAAGCCUAAGGCACUGAUGAAAGAUUUGGUUCUGAUGUGCAGCCAGCUCAGCAGUAAGUGAUGAAUGAGUUCCCAUCCUUCAGCAUGGCUUCUGCAUGAAACUUCUGAGCUCCAACUUCUCAGAGGGGAGAAGCCAAGACAAGGAGUGCUCUUAGUCCAGGAAGACACGGCAAGGGUUGGUGCUACUCACAAGUUCUUACUGGCGUCUGCACAAGGAGGCCUUCUGAAACACUGACGCGGGAAGCCAGGACUCACACUCUCAGUGCCUUGCUUAUAGAGCAGGCUUGAUCAGUAGUGGGAAGUCAGUGCAUAGAAACAAGUGCUGGUAAAUCAGACCUACUAAAACAAGUGAAUAGCACUUGCUUUCUUUUAUAAAUUUUAUGUUACUCUUGGUUUUCCAAACACUGCUUUAAAAGCCUUGUUUCCUCUUUCCCAUUCCUCACCAAAACACCAAAUGAUGUUUUAUAAUAAAUGUCUUUCCUGCAGUUA